AUGGAGCGUGUACCUUAUGCUAGUGCAGUUAGCAGUUUGAUGUACGCAAUGAUGUGUACACGUCUAGAUAUUUUUACAGACGGUCAGUGUUAUCAGUAUGUUCAUGGCGAAUCCGAGAAAGAUACAUUAGAAAGCAGUGAAAUGGGUCCUGAGGUACGUGAAGGAACACAUGGUGCUCCAGUUAGUUGGCGAUCGAUAUUACAUGCUAGAAUAAUACUUUCUACUAUAGAAGUUGAGUACAUGGCCAUGGCAGAGGGAGUGAAGGAAGCAUUAUGGUUGUGGGGUCUUCUAGAUGAUUUGGUGGUUGAGCAGGAUGAUGUGAACUUAUAG